CGCGUGAUGGUAGGAGGUGAGAAAGGAAGGAGGAGGAGAAAUAUGAAGGGAGGAGACUAGGGGGGAGGAAAUACAUUCUCCUAUGGAUGGAUAGACAUACUCUAGUGUUCUCACUCUGACUCAUCCCCCUCUCCCUUUCAACUCUCACAUUGGUGCAUUCUGCCUGUGUGCACCCUGGGGACACAGACACACACACAGCACACACACACAGACACGUUCACAGAGCGGCUCCGCCUCCUCUGCAGUGUAGCGACAGCCAGCGAGGGCAGCAAUGGAGGAGAAGGCAGUGAAGCAGGAAAAAAUCGAGGGAUCAUGGGAGGGAGUGCAGGAUGGAGGGAAGGCAGACUGGAAGAACGACUGCUCCCUCUCCUCCCUCCUUAAACACUCCUGUCUCCUCUGCUGGUCCUCUCCCAGGGACACCGACGUGGUGGAGUCGGACGAGAGGGUCCUCGCCAAGGCAACGGAGAUCAGAGUAAGAAGACCGCAGCACCUGGCUCUGGAGCUGGAGAAUGCAGUGACAGUGGAGCACCUGGAGCUUCAGGAGCAGCAGUCGGACCGCAAGGAGCUGGAGGAGACUCUGGGGAACCUAGAGACGCACAAAGACAAGCUGGUGCAGCAAGUGAAGGCAACACGGCAGAUGUGCUAUGAAGAGAGUCAGAAGAUCCUGUCCCUGCAGGCGGAGGAGGGGGUGAAGGAGAGCCAGGUGGAGGAGUAUGAGAGGGAGCUGGCCAGAGUCAGGUGGAGGCUGAAGAGGCUCAGAGACGAGGUGAAGCAGGCCAAGAGGAAGGUGGAGGAGGCUGGAGAGAGGGACACCCCCCUGCAGGACUCCAUCAGGCAGUCUUAUGAAGAGAUCCUGCAGGAGGAGCACACGCUGUGCUCUCUGUCAGGCAGUGCCAUGACUCCAGAGAGCCAGCUGGAGGAGUCCACCUCCCCUGCAGACACCACGGAGGACGACCCACUGCCCAUGAGGCCUUGGGGAAGGAGCCAAUCACUGCCUGCCUAUGCUGACCUCAUCAUGAGGGCCAGUGGCUCGUCUUUCUGCAAUAAUCUGGCAGAUACCAGAGAAGAAGCAGACGACAGUGGGACCAGCUCCCCAAAGAUGGACAGGUCCGACAUAGAGGACGAACCAGAGGACGGGGUGUUCAACCCUGAAGGGGAGAAAGAGAGAGAGAAGGAGGAGGCCACUGUUAGUCCUGAUGCUGUCAACCAGCUGGACUUCUACCAAGCAGACCCCUUCGCCCACUGCCAGAGUGAGCAUGACCUCUUCAAUGAAGACCUGUUCCCUAAAACUGACUCGUCUGGGUUUCUAUCUGCCGCUGACACAACUCUUACUGGUGGAUUUGCUUCAGACCCUUUCAAAGGCAGCGACCCCUUCGCAGCAGAUGUUCUGUUUCCAGAGGGGCAGGUCGAUGAUGGGGCGGGAAAUAUUGGGGAUGAGGCCGACACUAGUCUGUCCUGCGCUGAAACCAAAGCCUCAACAGGAACUCAGUGCUUCGAGUCUGAGUUCCCCAACGAAGACAGCGACAUCGAGAUUAGCUACAGUCAAGAGGACCUGGACGCCAUCGCCCAGGGAGACGAUCCUCUGGGGUUCAAACCCAUCCAGAGCUCCUCUGAGGAGCUGGGGCCGGUGCCGAUCCAGGGCUGGAGGUCCCAGGGGCAGUACUCCAUAGAAUCAGACCCCAAUGGGUAUGAGCUGGACCUGGGCGCUGUCUCCCCCCCCUCUGACAUAGAAGAACUGAGUCUGGGAUAUCCACCUGAAGAGGCUGCCACCAAGACCACAGCAGGACUGGAACAAGGUCUGAGUCCUGGUUCAGCUCCGGCUGUUCCUCAGCUCGCAGAACAACUCACAGCAUGUGUUGGCGACAUGGAAGAGGAACUCCAAAAACCUGCGACUCCCCAAAACUCCCAAGACUCCGAUAACCUUUUCAAUCUGCCAGACUCUGAUCAGAACAGAGAGCUCAGCUUCGAUUUAAACUACGAACCGACCAGUCAGUCUUCCUUCGACCCAUACGGCUUCAAACUCAGUCCAGAGCAUUCCAGUCACACCCUCCUGGACCCUGAUGAGGCUGAACUCAGCCCAGAACCCACUGAAAACGACCUGAUCUUUGACCCUGAGCCCUCCUCUAGUCAACCAGACCAACUGACCAUGGAUCAGUAUGAGUUUGACAUCACUUCCUCCCAAAUGGUGCGGGACUCUGACCCUUAUGGCUUCAAGCUCAGCCCUGAGGAAGAGAACCAAGAGGUCCUGGACCUCUCUGGCCAUGAUACCCAGGAGGCAAUGGACCUUUGCAACUAUGACGACACAGAACAGGUAGAACCCUCUAACUAUAGCAACCAGGAAGUACUUGAACCUGAAAACCAAGAAGUGCUUGAACAUUGUCGCCACAAUGACCAGGAGCUGCUGGAUUUGUGUAACAAUGGAAACCUUGAAGUGCUGGAAGCUUCUGGGCUGGACAACACCGGGUUGGUUAGCAAUGAAAACCAGCAACUCCUAGAUAUCUGUAGUCAUGACAACCAGGAGGUGGUGGAUCCCUAUUGCAAUACCAUGGAGGAAGAACUACUUGAGCCUUGUAACUAUGAUAACCAACAAGUGCUGGAACCUUGUAGCCAUGGCAAUCAGGAACUGCUGGAUUUCUCCCUUCCUGAAAAUAAGGAAGUGCUGGAUUUAGAUAGCCACGGCAACCAAGACUUAGUGGAUUUUGGUAGCAAAGAAAAUCAGGAAGUUGUAGUUUCAGGUAGCCACUCCAACCAGGAACUCCUGGAUCUCGGUAGCAACGAAAAUCAGGAACUGCUAGAUUUAGGUAGCCAUGACAACCAGGAGGUGCUGGACUUGUUUGGUAAGGAAGUUCUCCCUGAAGCAAACAACAACCAAUACUUUGUGGAACCAGAGCAUGAUGUCAGUCCUACCAAUAACAGCUCAGACAGCGAUGUGGCCUCAGAGGACCUGCUGGGACUGGACCUCAGCAACACCAGUAUCUGCUCCACCAACAGAACAUACACUGCCGACCCCUUCAACACCUCUGCCCCCCACAACUUUGCUACAUUCAACGCCCCCAGCGGCCCCAACCUGCUAGAAGGUGACCUCGGUUCAGUGUUUGGAGCUGGAGGAUACAUUGGGUGUCCUGAUGUAGCAGACGACCUGGCCCCCCUGGAGAGAAGGCAGGCCAACCCUGUAGCAGAGCCGAUACGGCCCUUCAGACCAGUGAGGCCUCCUCGGCCCUCGCUACGGCACAAGGAGAAGGCUCAGUCCCAGAAUCAGGGCAUCGACCUGAAGUGAUCUCUCACCAACCAUCACGCAUGUGGGGGUUACCACGUCAACAGGUUCCCAUGAGCACCACACAAACACAAGAGAUGGAGAGGAAGAGGAGACAAGUAAGAGGACGUGCCACACCAUGGAGGCAAAGGGAGGGUGGGAAAAAAGGGGGGUGAUUAAAUAGAUGGGAGGGAAAGAACAUUCUGCUGUUAUUCAUUGCAAUAAUUCAAGUUCCAGUUUCUUUUGAUGCUUCAAGGGGACACUUUAGAGUCACAAUGGCAAGAUGAGAAGUAUGCAGGAUGUUAAACUACAACUACCAUGGGACAAACUGAUGCCAUCAGGUGUAUUGGCUAUUUAUACAAGUCAGGGUUGAGAAGAACAAUAUGAAAAAAAUGAAAUUAUUCAAACUGUUCUGAAGUGGAUUUACCCUAAAUGGCUGAUUUGGCAGUCAUUCAUGAAAAAAUGAAAUGAUCUGUAAUUUAUUCACAAUAGCUGCUGCCAACUCCCUCCGUAGUCCUCUGAUCCUCGUAGUUCAGCUUCCCAUCCCUCCCCCCUACCGGUAAUGACAUUAGUCCAGAUGAAAAAAAAAUAUCUCCUAUAUUUAUUUGAGCUUUUUUAUUUGAGUGUUGGAGCAUGUGUAAGUGGACUUAGGAGAUCAAAUGUAAAUAAAUGAUAUACUCAGCUAUUGUGGUUUUCAGAUUAUCUAGUCAAACAGUAGUUUUAGGGUUUGAUGGAUGAGAGCUGUAUAAAGUCAGGUUGUACAGUGGAUAUCUCUACCGUCACCAUGGUAACAGUGUUUUCAGUCGUCAGUAACUAGGUGCUCCUUAAAGAGUGUCUUCACUGCAGGCUUAAGCUGUGUUUCCUCGCAUGAUAUGGCAUUAGCAUUUCAUUUCCCACUGCGGAUCACCGGGAGACUCGCUUUCAUCUGCAGGAGAUGAGGGUCUUACCAGCCAGUAGGAAUGCAGCAUUAGAAGCAGAGUUUCACUGCCAUCAGCGCCCCCCCCCCCAUCAUGUGUCUGUGUUGUAUGCUGUGUUGCACCUGUAUCACUCCCCAAUGUCACAGCAUCAUGGCGAGGAGAACACCUGCACACCACUGCCCAAAGAGGUGCAGUGAAAACAUUGGAGGUCAGCAAAAAAAAAUAUUCUAAUGAUGUUGAAUGACUCUUUAAGCAUUUGAUCAUUGUGGACGUUAUAAUAAUGCACUCCAAAACAAAUGGACCACCAAUGAGUUAAAUGGCCUUUGCAUCAGUGUCCCAGUUCCAUAUGAUAAACCAAUACAAAGCAACAAGUAUGCACUAAUGUCGGCUGUGUAACAUCCUGGUUGUUAUUAUACAAGGAAUAGAUUUGUGUAUCUAUCCCAUGCCUUUACAUAAAGUAUGAGCUGACUGACGUAAGUGCAACUUCGAUAACUACUGCCAAUUCCAGUAAAGGAAACAAAACAGCCACAAACACGUUAAAUAGGAUUCAUCUCUUUAUGAGCUGCCACUGGUGUCUAGGGCUGAACGAUUAAUCGAUU